UCCGUGUAUUUGGGUGUUGUACAGGCCAGGGAUGUGAGUUAGGGGCGACAAUAAUGGGGAAUAACCGGGACCCCGGUGCUCUGGAGUGGACACAACGACUGGACAGUGAUCAUCAAGGGGGUUAACGUGAAGAUCAGCCAUCUCGAGAGUGUUAUACACAGAUUCGCGAGGCUUGAUGGAUUUUAUUGGGCUCAGUGAUCAAUUAAUUGUCACCGGAUACCAGGUAAAGCGCAUAUAAUCAUACUGGAUACGAUUGAUCCAUUUCCAUGGCGUUAUCAUCGACCCAGAGCCAAGCAGGUCACCUGGACCCAGGCCAGGACUAAAGCGGGCUCACCGGGUCUAAAGCGCUCGAUCUGUCGUGUUUCCGGCGAUGUCCGCGUCCUGCCUCGAUCUGCGCAGCGCGGUUUCAGCACCACCGCAGCUGGACAGCGACCGCAUGGACCGAGCGCUCGAUCCCAGCCGUCAAAGCUCGCCAGACUCCGCCGGGGAAUACCAGACCCUCACGCUGCUACACACCGCGCCCGGGGGGCUCGGCAUGGCUCUGGAGGAGGAGCUGGCCAUGCUCACCCGCGAACGGGAGGAGGAUCUGGAGGUAGCCGCCUCAGAGACACCUGUGAGCGGACAGGAUUCUGACCUACUGUCGCUCUUCCGGCAGAAAGAGAAGGACUUGGUCCUCGCUGCUAAACUGGGCAAAGCUCUACUUGAACGGAACCAAGACCUCACAAAGCAAUAUGACAAAAUGACCAAGGAUUUAAACGACAAACUGGAGCUCCUGGAGCAGGAGAAGCACGAGCUGCGGCGGCGUCUGGAGAGUCGUGAGGGCGAGUGGGAAGGCCGGGUGGCCGAACUGGAGACAGAUGUGCAACACCUGCAGGGGGAGCUGGAGAGACAUCAGGUGCAGCUGCGUGAGGCCGACCGCGACAAGAGCCGAGCCAUCAGCGAGCUGUCAGAACAAAACCAUCGACUGCUGCAGCAGCUCAGCAGGGCCGCCGAGGUGGAGAAACAGUUGUCUACUCAGGUUCAUUCUUUACGGGAUGAUUUCAAAGAGAAAAGUCUCUCCACCAACCAGCACAUGACGCGCCUUGAGACCCUACAAGCCGAGCAAGGGCUUGAAAUAAAGAUGUUGUCAGAACGUAAGCAGGAACUGGAGCGACGCGUGAACGCCAUGCUGGAGGAGAACCAGCAGCUGCAGCACACGGUGGAAGACCUGAGAGAGCGAACGCUGGUGCUGGAGAAACAGUGUCACGAGAAGGACUUGCAGCUGCGCCAGAGUCAGCUGGAGCUGCAGGAAGUGCGUGUGUCUCACCGGCAGCUGAGCGCUCGUCUGGAGGAGCUGACGGAGGAGCGCAGUCUACAGGGCUUCAGUCCGAACCCACACAGCCUCCUCUGUGAGAUCGAGCAGAGCAUGGAGCAGGAGGAGCUGGAGCAGGAGAGAGAGCAGCUCCGGCUGCAGCUGUGGGAGGCUUACUGUCAGGUGCGCUCCAUCUGCUCCCAGCUGAGAGGAAAUGACAUCACAGACUCCGCCUUAUCCACAGACUCUUCCAUGGACGAGUCUUCGGAGACGCUGUCGGCUAAAGACGUCCCCACGGGGAGUUUGCACGCUAAUCUUCUGGAGCUGCGCAGACUCACGCAAAACCUGCUGGACGGCAACGAAUCUACGAGUUCACGGCGCAGUGAGGAGGAGGUUCUGGAGGAGCAGGUGCGUAAAUUGAGCGAGGAGCUGCGAGAGCUUAGAGAACCGUACGAACAGGAGCAGGAAAAAACACGCAACAGCCAGGAGGAGGUGCUACGGCUCCAUAACCAGGUGGCGUUGCUCUCGGUGGAAGUUUCUUCUUCAAGAGAGGAAAAUGAGCACUUGAGAGCGAUGGCAGAAGUACACGAGCCCAACGAACAGUUACACAGCGCUUUACGAGACAGAGAUGAAGCCAUUGCUAAGAAGAAAGCCGUGGAGAUGGAGCUGGCGAAGUGUAAGAUAGACAUCAUGUCUUUGAACAGUCAGCUGUUGGAUGCGAUACAGCAGAAACUCAACCUGUCUCAGCAGUUAGAAGCCUGGCAGGAUGAUAUGCACAGAGUUAUCGAUCAACAACUGAUGGAUAAACACCAGGAGGAGUGGAAGGAUCCUCCGUACUCCUUCAGCGGGUCACGAGGAGGAGCUCCAUCCAGACGAGCGCAUCGCCUCUCGGACGGAGACAAGCGCCUCUUUUCAUUCUUCAAGAAGAACUGAGAUUAUCUGAAGACAUGGAGGAAGAGAGUGUGAGAACAGACGUGAGAGAAGGGUACAACAAACGACAGAAAGAAAGUCAAAAUCACCAGAUCAGUGGUUCUCAACUGGUUUUGCUCAUCAAAAGACAGCAUUAUUUAUUGUACAAAAUUAACAAAAAUAUCUUUAAAAUCAAACACUGAAAUGCAUUAAUUGGUUACAUUGAUGCGCUCACAAAAAUAUUUAGAUCUAAAUUUAGAUUUAUGUGUUUGAAUUGCACAUAAAAUUUCCAUCCAUUUGGAUUACACAGUAUUAGCAUAAAAAACUUAAUGUGAUGCAAAUUUGUCAGUCAGACGUAAAUGAAACCGGUCAGAUUUCAGUAAUAGUACUAAUGAACUGAAUGCAUUUUAAAUACACAAUA